AUGGCAUCUGAUGCGUCCACUCCAGGUGAGCAGGAGGUGAAGGUGAGGAGGAAGAGGAGGGAUGGGGAGGUGAGGACGAAGGCCUCAGCAGCGUCUGAGGCUCAGGCGUUGGACAUCGAGGAGUUAACAGCUGAUGGUUAUCGAGCUCUGCAGGAGGGACGCACUGAAGAGGCUCUGAGCUGCUUUAAAAAGGCUCUGAAGGCCGCAGAACAGCUGCAGGACUCCCGGGUCCUCCGUGCAUGCUCCUUUAACCUGGGAGCAGCCUAUGUGGAGGGGGGAAGACCUCAGAAAGGUCUGGACUUCCUGCGGCGGGCUCUGCCUGGUCCUAAAGCCAACCGGUUCCCAGAUCUCCAGUUCAACCUCGCACUGGCCCACAAUGCACUGGGGCAGAGUCGAGAGGCUGCCGCCUACUUCCUGCAGGCCGCUCAGCUGUACAGGUCGCAGGGAGACGGAGGCAGUGAAGGAGACGCCUGCAUGGAGAUGAGCCGCUGCUACAGCAGAACAGAGGACUGGUCUCAGGCCGUUGAAGGUUUCCUGCGGGCAGCAGAGAGUUACAGAGUAGCAGCCAUGUUGGAUUCUGCAGCCGCCGCCCUGAAGGAGGCAGGAAAUCACAUGAUCCAGUCGGAUCAGUUCGGCCACGAUGACAUCAUCAGCGUGUUGGCAGAGUGUCUGAGUUUAACGGACAGCAUCACUGACCCGAGGACUCUGGGUGAGCUGUACCUAUCGGUGGGCGUGUCUUACUCUUGGCUCAGGUGUUUCCAAGAAGCAGUGCAGUGCUUCCAGCAGGCUCUGGGUCCUGCAGCUCAGUGUCCCCUCCUGCUGGCCAAGGUGCUGCACAACCUGGGAGCGGCACUGAAUUCUGUGGGCCAGUUCACACCUGCUGUGAGCUACCACAGGCUGGCUGCUGGACUCUACGGCUCUCUGGGUUGCCGUGGUGACCAGGCUCGGUGUUUCAGUAACCUGGCAUUUGCCUGCAGUCAGCUGGGUGAUGAAGAGGAGGCAGCAGAGAGCUUCAUCCAUGCUCUGCAGGGAUUCAGAGACACCGAGGACCACCUGGCUCAGGCUCAGGUGUGUGAGUCAUUAGCGGAGUGUUACCUGAAGCAGAGGAAGCAGCAGAAAGCUGUUCAGCUCUACAAACGAGCUCUGAGCUCUCUCUCUCACUGCAAGGACAGCUCUGACAGUGUGCGGGAUCGUCUGGUGGAGAGACUGACCGCAGCUCUGCACCAGAGUCUGACCAUCAGCCUGCAGAGUCCACACCCAUUAGGGUCACGCCUACCAAGGCCACCUGUCAAACAGCAUGUCAGGAUGUCUGACAUCACACAGAGUUCAGGCAGAGUGUCCAACCAGCAGCAAGAUGAACAGAGGGGGGAGGAGCCAGUUUGCACCAGUCAGACCAGCUACAGCACAGUGAGUCACUGCAACCUCAUACACCAGGUGAGCACCAGUGAGUCCUCAUUGGUCCAGGAGACAGAGACCCUGCCCACCAGCCCAGGUGACAUCCGGCAGGCGACUCCCCCUGUGGCCAGGUGGAGGUCUCGGUUCUGUGAGCUGAUGUAG